AUGAGCACCAACAACCCACCCUCAGCUGCUGCAACGGCAAGAGCGUUGGAAGCAACACAGAAUCUAAAAAGGAGCGUAGCGGCUGCUUUCGAUGAAUCGUCCGAGGCGAGGAAAAUGCCGCCGACUAAUGGAUAUACAAGCAAAGUCCGCGUGCUUGAUCGGUAUAAGGUUGUUGGCUUUAUUAGCAGUGGGACGUAUGGAAGGGUAUACAAGGCUGUAGGCCAUAAUGGGAUGGCGGGGGAAUUCGCUAUUAAGAAGUUCAAGCCGGACAAAGAGGGCGAGAUGAUCCAAUACACAGGAAUAUCUCAAUCAGCAUGCCGAGAAAUGGCUCUAUGCUCCGAAUUGUCCCAUCCCAACAUGAUCCAUCUUGUCGAGAUCAUCCUAGAAGACAAGUGCAUCUUCAUGGUCUUCGAAUAUGCAGAGCACGACUUGCUGCAGAUAAUUCAGCACCACAGUCAACCGACCCGACAUCCCAUUCCGGCCUCUGCGGUUAGGUCUAUUCUGUUCCAACUACUUAACGGGCUGCUCUACCUGCACAGUAAUUGGGUACUCCAUCGAGAUCUGAAGCCUGCCAACAUCAUGGUGACUUCGAAAGGGGAAGUGAGGAUCGGUGACCUGGGUCUGGCUCGACUAUUCUACAAGCCGCUUCACUCCUUGUUCAGUGGUGAUAAAGUCGUUGUCACAAUCUGGUACCGUGCACCAGAGCUCCUGCUUGGAAGCAAGCAUUACACGCCUGCUGUAGAUCUAUGGGCCGUGGGAUGCAUUUUCGCUGAGCUCCUUUCUCUACGGCCAAUCUUCAAAGGGGAAGAGGCGAAGAUGGACAGCAAAAAGACCGUCCCAUUCCAGAAGAACCAAAUGCAAAAGAUUGUUGAAAUCCUAGGAAUGCCUACCAAAGACAAAUGGCCUGGCCUCAUACACCAAGGGGAACAUAGCCAGCUACAAACCCUUUCCUCGUACGUACGGGAAGGAAACAACGGCAAAUCAGGCCUUGAAUCAUGGUACUGGAACACCCUGAGAAGUACCGGCUACCAAGAUUCUCCGCCAUCCGUAACUCCAGGUCAGCAAGGUCUUGAUUUGCUGUCGAAACUUCUUGAGUAUGACCCAAUGAAGCGGUUGUCAGCUGAGCAAGCGUUACAACAUCCAUAUUUUACCGCAAACGGGGAGAAAGUAUCCGCGAACUGUUUUGAGGGAAUGUCAACACAGUAUCCGUCCAGGAGGGUUAGUCAGGAUGACAAUGAUAUAAGGACCAGUAGUCUGCCGGGUACGAAGAGGAAUGGGUUUCCGGAUGAUAGUCUGGCAGGGAGGCCUACUAAGAGGAUGAAGGAUUAA